ACAAUCUUUCACAUGAUCAGCUUGACCGUGGAACUUUUAGCAGCCUCCUGAUUGACUGCUAUGUGUAGACUAUCAUGUUACGGUGCCCUGGCGGCACACGUACCGUUGCCUGUUGGCUGUGCAGUUCCAACUUCUGCAGUUUUGACAGACUUGCCUUUUUCAAGGACACGACAAGGCUAUUUUGUAGACUAGGAACUCAACAUGGACCUUUCCAGAAUUUAAAGAAAGGCCCCGGUGGUUCACAGAAGGUGUGCUAUCAGCUGGUGUAUCUUUGCAGCGUCUCUAUUUAUCAGAAAGAAGAUGGCGGAGUUCUCCCCAGUCCUGCCUCUGCGGGAUGGAGGCGGACGAUUCGGGCAACCCAUCUUCCCUAGGUCUCGGUCUGGGUCAGAAUCAGAGAGUGAAUUGUCACAGAGCUUGGCUCGCACCAAGACCCGGUCCUAUGGUAGCACGGCCAGUGUUACGGCUUCUUUGGGAGAGAAAUACAUUGAGCAUCGUGUAACGGAUAGCGAUACAUUGCAAGGGAUAGCUCUCAAAUAUGGUGUUUCGAUGGAGCAAAUCAAGAGAGCCAACAAGCUCUUCGGCAAUGACUGCAUCUUCCUGCGGAACAGCCUCAAUAUUCCAGUGAUUUCGCCGAAGCCUUCCCUUUUCAACGGACUGUCUCUGGAGUCCCCAGACAGUGAAUCCACCACUCCCCAGGAGCAGCCCUGUGCGGCCCCUGAUACUGACGGCCUUUCACCCACUCCCUCCCCUAGUCCCCCGGAGCCCAAUGUCAAACCCCCUCAGCCCGAGGAACUCUCAGCCAAGGACUUCUUGCAUAGACUGGACUUGCAAAUUAAACUAUCCAAACAGGCAGCAAGAAAGUUGAAAGAGGAGGAUGAAAGGGACGAUGACAACACACCAUAUCCAACGUCAUCCUACCAGGAAAUCUGAGGCAGUGGACUGUUCACCUGGAGCAGUGACGACUCUUUUCCAUCUUGCCCUUGUGUUUGCUUUUCUGUCCUUGUUCUUUUUACGUGCUGCUUUUACCAAACCUUGAAAUGGGACAUUAUGUCCAGGCUCUUGCACUGAGGUCCUCCAUUGCCUUUCACUCUUUGUUGUUAUUACGAGUCUUGUUGAUGUAUCAUUUUAUUAUUAUUAAUACCUGGUUUUGAUGCCGUGUUUCCAAAUUGCAUAUCAGAAGGUUUACCAGAAUGCCACCAGGGGGCAGUACAGACAAACCGCACUGAUGAACAGAGGAAGAGCUCACACUGCGAGACGUAGCCUACAGCUCUUUUAGGAUGUAAGAGAGCAGCAUUUGGAUUCACCGGAUUCAGGUCUCUGUACGAGUUGCCCGCCCAUCCAUCCAUCCAUCCAUCCAUCCAUCAAUCCAUCCAUCCAUCCAUUCAUUUGUUUAGAGAGUGUUUUGGGCACCAGGUAGCCACAGACACUACAUGUUUUUAAAGCUGCUCAAGGCAUGACCUCUGACUUCCCCAAAGCAAAAGGAGGGACUCUGCACUAGUAGACAAUUGCAGUUGCAACAAAUAGGAUAAUCAAUGCUCUCUCUGAGGGAGCCGUUGCAAUAUCUCAUCCAAGAAAGCUUCAGUCUUCACCGUGUCAUGUUUCAGCUCAAUGACUGAACAUUUACCGCAAGCUGUCAGUGUGUGACGGCUUAUCAAUAUUCAAACUUCUUUGCCUAUACCAAGUGUUUUUGUGAGUAGGAAGGGAAACUUUUGGUUCUUGAGUGUGAAUGUAUUAUUUUUGUGUGUGCGUGCAUGGAGUAUGAGGCAGUUUUAUUGUGCUAUUUUUGUCUUGAUUUUGAGGAAUAAUAAAAUGCAUCUCUAAUUCA